AAACGUUAACAUAUGCGGUCGUCAUGACUCUGUGCGUUGUAAUCUUUUUGUGGCAAAAUUUACGUCGCGGGUGAAUUUCUACCGGCAUAAAUACUUGUAAACAACAUACAAUAUUAAGAAAAUCCCCGCAAAAGUAAAAUUGCAGGCGCACAAAUAACGCAGCAUAUCAAUUAGUCUAAUUAAAAGCUCCCUAACAUAUCGAAUUAUGGAGCUGUUACAAUUAAUCUGCUACACUUUUAUUUUUCUGCUUUCAAGGAUGCUAGUUCUGCAUGCAGUGAGCUGGGAAGAGUGGUGGACCUAUGAUGGCAUAUCAGGUCCAGCAUUUUGGGGCCUCAUUAAUCCAGAGUGGUCGCUCUGCAACAAAGGACGUCGCCAGUCACCGGUGAAUCUGGAGCCGCAACGGUUGCUCUUCGAUCCGAACCUGCGUCCCAUGCACAUUGACAAACACAGGAUAAGCGGCAUCAUCAGCAAUACGGGGCACAGUGUUAUCUUCACGGCUGGCAAUGAUACGGUGGCCAAUUACGAUGGCAUGCAGACACCUGUGAAUAUAUCGGGUGGCCCUUUGUCGUACCGUUAUCGAUUCCGUGAGAUACACAUCCACUAUGGACUCAAUGAUCAAUUUGGCUCAGAGCACAGCGUCGAGGGCUACACAUUCCCAGCUGAGAUACAAAUAUUCGGAUAUAAUUCACAGUUAUAUGCAAACUUCUCCGAUGCCUUGAAUCGUGCCCAGGGCAUCGUUGGCAUCUCCAUAUUGUUGCAGUUGGGCGAUCUAUCCAAUCCGGAGCUGCGUAUGCUUACCGAUCAAUUGGAUCGCAUUCGUUAUGGCGGCGAUGAGGCAUUCGUCAAACGUCUCUCGAUUCGCGGACUUCUCCCCGAUACGGACCACUACAUGACCUACGAUGGCUCAACAACGGCGCCGGCUUGCCACGAAACUGUCACCUGGGUGGUCCUCAACAAACCAAUCUACAUAACAAAGCAACAGUUGCAUGCUCUGCGUCGCUUAAUGCAGGGAAGUCCCGACCAUCCAAAAGCACCAUUAGGGAACAACUAUCGACCACCACAGCCGCUUCUGCAUCGACCGAUUCGAACAAACAUUGACUUCAAAGCGACGAAAACAAAUGGCAAAACUGCCUGUCCCACCAUGUACCGUGAGGUCUAUUAUAAAGCGACCAGUUGGAAACAAAACUAGAGAUCAAUGACAAACCGUGCAAUAAAUAAUACGAGACGUGAGUAGAGCGUGUGGCGUGCAACAGGAGCUUCCACUAACCUUAUAUACAGUUAUAUUGACAAUGAUCGAAAUUGUUGCAGAAAUAGCAAAACGAAAAAAGACCCAGAAAUGGCGAAAAGUGGCGCAGCAUAGCAAAAAUGGAAAAUGAAAUAAGAAAAUAUAGCUAUACCCAGGCAUAUGGAAAACAAAUACUCUACUAAUAAACUAGCAUUAAAUGUGAAUAAUUUUUUUUGUCAAUCAAGUCUAUGUGGCUUGUGGAAGUGUUGUUAUUAUUACCAAUUUUUUUUUGUUUUUGUUUAAUUUUUUUACUUAUAAUUCGAUACAAUUAUAUGGAAUUUGCAUAUUGUAAAUGGAAGGUACUGUAUAAAAACAAAAAAUGAAAAAAGGAAAAACAAAACACAGAUCAUACGUUGCCGAGUUUUUUUUUCGUUUUUUGUGUGUAGUCAUAACAAUAAAUUUGGCGUUAAUCUAAUGAAAGUCACAAUUUUGAACCCCUUUCCCACCACCAAUCCAGGGGCGGAUUAGGAGAUAUCGAUAAAGGAUACAUUUAACAAUCACUUUCAGGAGUUGUCAAAAUUAGUGUGUGAUCAAGCGAAUAGACUCAAAGUUCUUGUUUAGAAUAAUGAGGUUUGAAAUCAAAAUAUAUUGAAAUAUGUAAUAAAUAACAAAAUCUCCCAAAAACAAAAACACCUAGUCUUAAUAUAUUCUAUUGCUUUCUGUUCUUACAUAUAGCUCGGCAAGUUUGUAGCAUUCUUAAUUUUCGAUGAUCAUAGCCAUAAUAUAUACAUAUAUAUAUAUAUAUUAUACAUAGAAGCAAUGGAAUUAAACUUUCCAGAAAACAAAAAUUACAAAAGAUGGUGAAUUAAUAAUUA